ACUUAUGGAAGAAUGGAGAUGGUGGGUGGCUGCUGCGUCUGUUCUGAUGAAUGGGGCUGGGCAGAGAACCCCCUGGUGUACUGUGACGGGCAUGGCUGUAACGUGGCGGUACAUCAAGCGUGCUAUGGAAUUGUUCAGGUUCCCACUGGACCGUGGUUCUGUCGAAAAUGUGAAUCCCAAGAAAGAGCCGCCAGGGUGAGGUGUGAGCUGUGUCCCCAUAAAGAUGGAGCACUGAAGCGGACUGAUAAUGGAGGCUGGGCCCAUGUCGUCUGUGCUCUGUAUAUCCCUGAGGUGCAAUUUGCUAACGUUCUCACCAUGGAACCAAUUGUCCUCCAAUAUGUGCCCCAUGACCGGUUCAACAAGACUUGUUAUAUCUGUGAAGAGCAAGGCAGAGAGAGCAAAGCCGCCUCGGGAGCCUGCAUGACCUGCAACCGUCACGGCUGUCGGCAAGCCUUCCAUGUCACCUGUGCUCAGAUGGCUGGACUCUUGUGUGAAGAAGAAGUCUUAGAAGUUGACAAUGUGAAAUACUGUGGCUACUGCAAGUACCACUUCAAUAAAAUGACAUCACGCCAUUCUGGAGGUGGAUCCUUCAACCCAGGAAGAAGGAGCCGGUCAGCAUCCCCUGCUCAGGAGAAGCAUGUGUCCCACCAUGAGAAACCAAAGAAGAGUCGGAAGGACAAGGAAAGGCCUAAGCAGAAACACAAGAAGCAUUCAGAAUCACCAACUGGUCUCACACUGCCAUCCUCUACACCUGUUGUCCCUGAGAAGCAGAGUUCCACCAACCACCACGAGAGCAGCAAAGAAACGGCAGAGGUCAUCCGAUCAGAAGUGAAAGGCAAGAAAUCCUCAAGUCAUGGCACAAGCCAUAAAGCCAAGAAAUCAGGAAGUGGGAAAAGCUCCACAAAUUUUGGCUCAUCCACUUCCAGUGGCACAUUUCCACCUGCAGGUACCUCAUGCAGCUCCUUGCCCUUCUCCCAGGACUUUGUAACCUUCCCGAAGCUCGAGCAGCAGCCGCCUGAGGAAGAGAAGUACCGCAAGCCCGUCUCUUCAUCCUCCUCUUCAGCACACUGCUCCCCGUUGUACGAAGGGCAGAAGGGCGACGUCUUUGAGCAGAAGGUGAUCUUUUCAGGCUUUGGCUCCAUCAUGCGCUUUUCCACCUCCGCUGUCAGCCAGCAGAGAGGCCGAGAGGCUUCCCCCGUGGACUAUAAGGCCUCAAACUCUGGAGGGAAUAGUGGCAGCGGCGGCGGCGGGGGAAGCAGCGGCGGCGCUGCCCACAAACGGAUGCCAUCCCUCAGCGUGGAAGAAGGGGAAGUCCUGAAAGAGAAAAAGCACAAAGCCAGUAAGAAAAGCAAACACGGGCCAGGCAGGCCGAAAGGCAGCAAGAACAAGGACGUCUCGGCAGGUGCCCAACUGGUUGGGUCUACAGCGACCUCUUCUUCACCCUUCUCUGGCGGCUCCCUGGUCAGCUCCAGCAUUGGGGGGUCCUCGCGGUCUUUCAGCCAUGCCACAACGCUUCCAAGCCUCGGUCUGGAAUCGCCACUGCUGGGAUCAGGGAUUUACACGAGUAAUAAGGACCCCAUUUCCCAUGGAGGUGGGGUGCUCAGGACAGUAUGCAGCACGCCCCUCUCCUCCAACCUCCUGGCUCACCAAGGCACUUCCUCACUCCCCCAGCUCACUCGCUCUCCUUUUGCUAGCACCGUUCCAGCCUCCUCCUCUUCUUCCGUCUCCACCACCCAGGUGUUCUCCCUGGCGGGAUCUACGUUCAGUCUCCCUUCCUCGCAUAUUUUUGGAAGCCCCCUCACCUCUGGGUUGUCAAUUAAUCCCUUGAUGAACCAGUCAGAGACCAACCGGACAGUUCCAGAGCCAGAUUUGGAAGACUGUAAUUUUGCCUGCCGAGGGUCAUCACCCCAAGAAAGUCUUUCUUCCAUGUCUCCCAUUAGCAGUCUCCCCACUCUCUUCGACCAGACAGUCUCAACGAGCAGCGGUCAGCUGGAAAAUGUCCCCCAGGCCACACCAAACAUUGAGCAGCUCCUGGAGAAACAGGGCAAUGGGGAGGCUGGCGUCAACAUUGUAGAAAUGCUCAAGGCCCUUCAUUCUCUGCAGAAGGAGAACCAGCGCCUCCAGGAGCAGAUCAUGACUUUGGCAGCUAAAAAGGAACGCUUGCAGCUUCUGAACGUCCAGCUCUCUGUUCCCUUCCCUGUGGUGACCACCAGCAAUGGCGCCUCAGGCCAAACCCAGUACAUUUUGGCUCCUAAUGUGUGCAACAGCGACUCCCUGAGCAUCAGCAAGAGCCCACCCUGCAAGAACAGCUUUGGCAUGGAGAACUCACUCUCUACAUCCUCUGAGGAUCCUCACUCUGGCUGCCCGAGCCGAAGCAGCUCCUCCCUGUCCUUCCACAGUACGCCUCCCCCACUACCUUUGUUGCAACAGAGCCCUGCCUCCCUCUGCUUGGCUACUGGGAUCCAGCAGCAACAGCAACAACAGCAACAGCCCCCCGUGAAUGGCUUGGCCAGGGCCAUGGGGUCCAUUCAUGGGGGAGGGACAACGGCCAGUCACAGCCUGGUGGAUGGUCUCCUUGGGAGUCUGGCAGGAGGACAGCAGGUUCCUAUCAAUGGCAUCCUAGGAAGUUUAAAUGGCACAGUGGCUGCCCAAGCACAGAAUCCUCUCUUGGCACAGACCCCGAACCUCCAGCUUUCCACCAGCCAGAACAGCAUGCCCAGCACGAGCCACCUGACGGAGCAGCAAAGGCAACUCUUCAACCAGCACGAACUCCAGCUGCAGCAGCUGCAACAGCUCCUUACCUCACAGCCGCUCAACGCAGAGCAGCAGACUUUGGUGUUCCAGAUGAUUCAACAGAUUCAGCAGAAAAGGGAGCUGCAGCGCCUCCAGAUGACCGGCUCCUCCCAGUUGCCCCUGUCUGGCCUUGGGACAGCUACUUCCACGUCCCUCCUCCAUUCCAACAGUGCGGCAUCAUCAGCUGCCAACAGCACCCUUCUUGCCUCUAUCUCCCCUCAGCAGCUUAACCAGGCUAGUUCCUUGAUGGCUUCCUCACCGCUCAGUACUCCUGGCAACAACCUGAUGUCAGCUGCAGCAGGGGCAGCUAUCCCGCCUGUCCUAACCGCACAAACAAACCCUUUCCUCAACUUGCAGGCAGAUGGCGGUGGUCAGAAAGGAAUGAGCAUGAAUGAAAAGGGAGGCGCCCCUGUUCAGGACAAGGGUUAACUUUUCAGCAAUACCAGGCUAGUCUCUGCCACAGGAAAACAAUCUCUCUCUGCGCCAUGGGUCCCCAAAACAGAGAGAAACCCCAUGAUGCCAGACUUCCUGGAAAUGUUUCCUUGCCAUUGGCAGGACGACGGCAAGCUAAGGCACGUCAGGAAGGUCUCUGUUCCUUGGUUCCGGCCCCGCUGCAUCGUGCCCUUCGGAAGGCAGCAGGUGGAGUGAGCACCCUUCUCUCUUUCCUGGCUUUAUCUACUGUGCCACACUUAGUUCGUGGGAGAUUGCACUUCAGAGGGGAGAGGGUGAAGCUGCAGAUGCCCCUGCAAGAGUAGGAUCUGCAAGCUGUACCAUGGCCACGUCACCCUGGUCAUCCUGUUCUCUUUGCAGAGCAGGGCAUUUUUCAAACCAAGGCUAAGAAAAAUCCGUCAAGCUGUUUGGCAGCCGGAAGAUCCGGCUCCAGCAAAACGGAACAGGGUGGAAUAUGAGGUCUUCAGUACAAAAGGAGGUGAGAUCAGGAAGCUUUUGUCGUUGUUGUUGUUGUUCGUUUUUUGCUUAAGUUUUGGAGACACGCACACAUAAAACCUGCACCUGGAGGUUUGCUCCUGUGAAGAAGCAAAUUGACAGAGAUAUGACUUCACAGAUUUUUGUUGAGAUGCAGUUCUGCUGGAAGAAAAAGCCAACACGUUUGUGCUCCUGAAUCUCUACCAGCUUUGUGUCUUAACAAUGGAACCUGGAGGAAAUGGUCUCUCACAAUCACACUUCUCUUCCUCACCUUCAGGAGCCUUUGUGGGUAACCCACAGUUUACAAGGGCCAUUCUAAAAGGUGCUUCCAGAAAGAGGCCUCCUAGUGCUACCACCAGUCAGAAGGCCCUGUGCAGGGAUUCCAUCGACCCCGCGUUAAGAUACGGGGUGUGCAUAUGUGUGUGUGUGUGUGGUAAGACAAAAGACACAAGGAAUGGUGGAAGAAUAUUGGAGGGCUACAAAUGGAAGAGACCCCAUGUUUGUGGCAGAGCGACUGCACAGGAAAUGCCUUAUUUGGAAGCACCAAACUAUGCUCGCCUUUGAGAUGUUUUCCAGCUACUCGCAGGAUCGUUUCCAUCGCCUUCAGACACCAGCAUGGUGGAACAGAGACUUUGUCAAACAUCUGGAGCUAUUCCUUUCCUCUAUCUCCAGUGAGCUCCAUUCUGGGAAACAGCAUCUUCCACUCCCUGUUCAUGGAUCUAGGCUAAAUCAGAUCCUGUCUGAAGACAACAUUGGUCUUCCCAUCGCUUUAAGAGCGCCUCUGCCUCUGUUUUGUAAUCUGAUGCCUCCUCAAAGGUGUCAGGCUCCUCGUUCCUUCAGGCAGUUUUUUGUUUUUGUUUUUUGGAACUUGUUGUGAGGAAGGGAAUUGAGGAUCAUGGUUCAAACAUUCUGAGCACUCUCACCCUUGGUUGGAGAAAACCCCAUCUCUUAAGGGGGAAGAGGCCAGGAGAGUGGAAUAACACCGGGGGACUUCAAAAGCCUCCCAACCUUCAUGGAGAGACUGUCAUUAUAGGCACAUCUCUGCCACUUCUUCCAAUUUGCACUAUUUUUCAGACAUUGGUGGUGGGUGUACACUGAUGACCAUUAGAAGUAUGACCACUGCUGUUUAAAAUCAUCUUCCCUCCUGUCCUCUGUGUGUUUUGGUUUUGCUUCUUUUUCUUCUUAGUCAAAAAGCAAAAGGGGGGGGGGGAAUAGAUCAGUGCUACACCCUUAAAGAAAGAAGAAGAAAGAAAUAGAAGCAACUUUCCAGAAUGUCAUCUUCUGAUUCGUUUUUUGUUUGUUUUUUGCUUGCCCAGACAGAUGUGCUACAUUCCAAAUUGUCUCUCUGUGUGUGUUUAUGUGCAUGUAUGAGAAUGAGAGAGUGUCUUUGUGUGAUUUCGUUUUGAGUUUUUUUUUCUCCCCCUUCCCCCUCCCAUUUUAAAAAUAGACUUUUUUUUUAAGAGAAGGCUACUGGAAACUAACAAGAGCAGCAAAUGCUUCUCUUCCUUGCAUUCAUGGCAGCUUUGGCACAGAUUAAGGUGCAGCUAGACAUUGGAAUAAUGCUUGAUAUUCUCCCCUUCACUUCAGCUGAGUGUUGAGAAACCUGAUGGACAGAAACGGCCAUCAACAAGAUGCACUUGUUACUUAGACAACAACUCACCUUAGAAAUGCACCCAGACCAGCACUUCUGCCACAUUCCAGUUCAAUUGUGUCCUUUGUUAUCCCUGGGUGUAUUAUCUUCUUAGUCCCUCUCCAGUUGUCAGUUAAUGUUUCUAGAGAGGCGACUCUUAACGAUACCAGCAAAAUCACAAAAUCACGUCAUACAGUCAGUUGUUUUUCAUCCUUCACACACACAAAAAAUUCUGGCAGGAAAUAAGAUGAAAGGAGCAAGAUUGCUUUUUGAAAAAAAGGCUAUGUUGUCCAGACUCUGUUGUAAGAUGCCAUGUUUGGAGCAGGGUGAUGAUACAAUAAAAAGCUUCAUUUGGAGGCACUAUGCAUGUGCUGCUGCAAAGAUCAGCUACUGGAGGAGGACUACAUCCAGAUUCUUCCUGCCCAUCCUAAACAUUCAAUUGGUGCGAUACAUGUACCAUCCAGAGAGACAUGUACUAACAUACAUGUGCACUUGUUGGAUGGAGGAAAUAGCCCUUUUGGCAACACCCGCAGAGUUCCUUGUCCAAUUUGGCUUGUAACUUUAUGCCUUCUUUGUUUUCCAACCGUACUCAUCCUCACUUAGUCCUGGAAUGGCAGGCUUGACAUUUUAAUCUUUCCAUCAAAUGCUGAAUUUGCAAAAUGGCAUAUGUAGAAUCUGAUCUAAGUCUGUAUGCAGUGGGCAAAAGAGGGUGUGGUACCUUGAGACGAGAUCCUAAAGGAGAUGAGCUGCUGGCUAAAAGAAGGCAAGGCCCGGUUGAGUAUGGUAGAUAAAUGCACAACUGAAAAUGGUACAGGGGCAGAACAGCAUGUCCAUCUUUUAAAGUGUUUUG